AUGGCCGCAGAUGGAGACGGCUCUCAUCAAUUCGACGCGGUGACUAUUGCGUUUGACUUACGAAUGCACAACUACCUGGCCUUGCCCGCCAUGACGUUUCUGUUCUGGGACCAUGCCUUGACUUUUGGUGUGCUGCUACCAUUACCCCGACCCCCUCACGCUCAUUAUCAACAUGCAACAGGCGACGAAAUCCGAUUUCUAUGGCGGCGAAAGAAGACAAUGAGUACCUAUUGCUUCUUCCUUAAUCGCUACAUCGCAUUCUUUGGUGACAUUGCCGUCAUAUACUUCACCUUCUAUUCCAUACCUGCCGAGGAGUGCCGAAGCGUCAACUUCUUUCGCCAAAUCCUCCUCAUCGUAAACCAAAGCCUGAUUUGCAUGCUGCUCACAUUGCGAAUAUAUGCACUUUAUGGACGCGAGUCCAAGCUUUGGAUGUACCUCGUUGCCGCAGCUUGUGGCCUCCUUGGACUGGGUUUGUGGGGAAUAAGCGGCCGUCAUAGCUACCCUCUCCCAGACGUCGAAGGAUGCCAUUUAGGCAACUCAUUCGAUACCGGGGUUCACCUGGCCGUUCCGUGGCUGGCUUUAUUCACGUAUGACUGCAUGAUCGCGGUUUCCCUCUUCUGGAAAUCCUUCUCAGCCAUGAAAUCCAGCGGAGGAAGGGACAUGACACUGUUGACGCUUUUGGUCCGCGACGGCGCCAUGUACUUUGUUGCGAUGGCUUCAGCGAACCUGGGAAACAUCUUGACCUUCUAUCUCUGCGACGACCUCCUCCGCGGCUCCCUCUCAACUCUUGCCUCCUGCCUCUCUGUCACCAUGAUGUCCCGGCUGAUGCUCAAUCUCCACGCCGUUGAAAGCAAAGGCAUCUUCUCCACCAUCGCGACCGUGCAAUACUAUCGAAAACACGCAAAUGCACACUCGACGACGGAUGGUGAAUGGAGUCCUGUUGUGGAAUUAGACACCCUCUGGACGCGGGACAUGGAGCGGAGCGCAUACAUACUCAGCCAGUCAGACGAGACGAUGAGUAGAUGA